AUGGGCCCGCCUGCAAACAGGGCCUGCCUGCAAACAGACAAAUUUUCCCUUGUGUCCGAUGUUUGGAACAAGUUUGUGCAGAACAGCAUCGCCUGCUACAAACCUGGAGCGAACAUUACAGUGAACGAGCAGUUGUUCCCCACGAAAGCUUGGUGCUGGUUCACCCAGUACGUGUCUAGCAAGCCAGAUAAAUCUGGCAUCAAAUCCUGGUUGGCUGCGGAUGUGGACAGCAAAUACAUGCUGAAUGGAUUCCCAUACUUGGGGAAAGAUGAAAGUCGACCACCAGGGCAGCGACUGGGCGAGAAUGUGGUCAUGAGGCUCAUGGAGCCUUUUCUUGGAAAAGGGAGGAAUGUCACCAUGGACAAUUUCUUCACCUCUGUGUCACUGGCAAAGAAACUGGUGAGCAACAGCAUGGUCGGCAUAAUCAACAAAAACCGGCGAGAGCUGCCCCCCUCCGCCCAACAACAAGGAGAGCUGUUCACGACAUCAGUGCUGAAACACGAGAGAGUCAUACUUACGGUGUACAGAUGCAAGCCAAGAAAAAACAUCUGUCUUCUCAGUACUUUGCACCCGACUGUGGCCAUCAACAACGACGCAAAGAGGAAACCCGAGACUGUGACGUACUACAACGCAACAAAGGUUGGAGUUGAAAUCUUAGACCAGAUGGCCAGGCUGUACUCCGUGAAAGGAGGCACUUGUCGAUAGCCCGUUGCGGUCUUUUACAACGUGCUGGACCUGGCUGUGAUCAAUGCCCAUGUCCUAUACAAGGCAUGCACAGGCGAGAAAAUUCCCCGAAGAGACUUCAUCCUGAAGCUUG